AUGGCCCAGAUGCUACAUUUCAGUCUUCUUAUCAUUGCUCUCUGCACAUUAUCUGAAUGCAUUCAGCGCCGCUUUCACUAUAUAAACAUUGAGAAGACCUGGACUGAAGCUCAAACAUACUGUAGAGAAAAAUACACAGAUCUGGCCACAGUCAACAACAUGAAUGACCUGAAACAACUGAUGCAGACUGCGAGUGCCAGUCAUGCUGUCUGGAUUGGACUGAAGAGAACAGAUGUUUAUAAAUGGAAGUGGUCUCUGGGUGAUCCUGUGAAAUAUCUGAACUGGGAAACUGAACCAUCAAAUAACUUAUAUAAUUGUGCUGUUAUGAGAAAUGGAAUAUGGCAUCAUGAGGACUGUGGUCAGAGACUAGGAUUUAUUUGCUACAAUGAUGAGCUGAUAUUGAUCAAAGAAAAUCUGAGCUGGACUGAAGCUUUGAGAUACUGCAGAGAGAAUCAUGUGGAUCUGGUUUCAGUUGAUUCACAUGCGUUUCAGCUCCUGGUGACUGAAGUUCUUCAUCGGGCCUCGACUGCUGAGGUGUGGCUGGGUUUACACUAUUACUGUCUCAUGAAUCUCUGGAUCUGGGUACAAGGAGAGGUGGUCUGCUAUCAGAAUUGGGCUAAAGGUGUUCAGAUUCAACUGAAUGACUGCAGCGGUGAACACAGAGCUGGAGCGGUUCAGUCUGGAGGAGAUCAUCAGUGGAUCAGCCUUCCUCGAUCUCACAAACUCAACUUCAUCUGCAUCAAAUAUGAAAAAUAA